CUUAUAUAUCAUUCGCGCACUUCAACCGAGCGCCGACUUCUGCAGUCUCCUUCUUCGCUGCACUCCUCCAUUGUUUCAGAGGAAUCAGCGUUGCUAUGUCGGUCUCGGAGCUCGCUUGCAGCUACGCCGCUCUCAUUCUCUACGACGAUGGCAUCCCCAUCACGUCAGAGAAAAUCUCAACUUUGGUGAAGUCCGCCAACGUGGGCAUCGAAUCGUACUGGGCUGCCCUCUUUGCCAGGCUCCUCGAGAAGAGGAGCGUUGAUGACCUCAUCCUCAGCGUUGGAUCUGGCGGCGGUGGUGGUGCUCCGGUUGCUGUCUCUGCUGCUACCGCUGCUGGUGGUGCCGCUCCUGCCGCCGCUGCACAAGCUGCUGAGGAUAAAAAGGAGGAACCGAAGGAAGAAAGUGAUGAUGACAUGGGAUUCAGCUUAUUUGAUUAGAGAGUGCUACUAGAGGGCUUCGUUCUGUUAUUACCUGUUAGAAUGAGAUAACACUUAUUGUUUCUUUUACCAAAUGUUUCUUGAGGAUUUAUCAUUUAUUAUGUCACUGGCUUCUGACAAAAUGCUAGAAUUUUCCCACUGAAUUGUUAUAUUCAAUGUUAAUCUACUUUCAUAA